GCCCACCUGGCUCUAAUGCCCCCCAGCGCCUGGGUAGGCCGAGAGCCCAAGCCCCUGCAUUGCCUCCCCAGGCCAAACGCUGCACUCCCCCCUCCCGGGCGCCUGGUCAUCAAACGCUGCCGAAGAGUCAAGGGGUUGCGCGCGAGACAAGCCCUUUUCCUGGAAGUCGCGCGUGGGCGCGGCGGGAACAAGCCGAGGCAAAGCUCCAGCCCCUGGCCCGGAUCCACGUCCUCUGGCGGGGCAGCUGCCUCUCUCUCCCUCCAGCUGGCCGGCGAGGAAGGAGGGGAAGCCAUGUCGGGGACCGCGCUGAGGGUGAACGGGACCGAGGUGGACCUCCAGGGGUCCGACAAGACCGUCGUCAACAUCAACCUCCGCCAAGAGUCCUCCCUCUUCUAUCUGUGCAAGGGCAUGGCGGCCCUGAGUCGCCGCAAGGCCGCCUCCAAGGCCCAGGAGCCCGCUGAUGCUCCCCCCACCCGCGCCCGACGGAGGGGGGAGCAGAAGGUGCUGGGGGGAGCCCAGAUCCUGCUUGGAGCUGUGUGCAUCGGUCUCGGCGUGGUCUUGAGCCUUGUUCUGGAGAUACCCUACGACUACGAGCGGGCAAUAUGGAAUGGAGCCCCUUUCUGGAUGGGGAGCCUGUUCAUCCUCUCCGGCACCUUCUCUGUGGUGGGCGAGCGACGCGGCGGCAAGUGGGUCCACCUGGCCACGUUCCUCAACCUGGCCAGCGUCGUGGCGGGCUCACUGGCCUUGACGCUGGGCGUGGCGGACAUCUCAUCCCUGACCUACCGUCCCUACUUCAUUGAGAACCUGUGCAAGCACAGAAGGGAGGAGGAGCGCUACCGGUCGUGGGACGCGACCACCGGUCCUCCAUACAGCGGCGAGAGGGACCAAGAGCGGGCCAAGGAGUGCCAGGAGGUUAUGUGGGUGCUCAUGUGCAUGCUGAACGGCGUCCGGAUCCUCCUGCUGGUCUUGUCCAUCGCCGCUCUCUGCAUCGCCCUCUUCUGCUUUGGAUACGGCCUGCACCGGCUCUGCUGCUCCUGCUGGGAAGGCUGGCAGGACUACGUGGCCCUGGAGGACCCAGAAGCCUCUCCCGUGCCUGAGGAGCCAGGCAAAGAGGAGAACCCCGCCUGAGGGGCGCAGAGGAGA